AUGUGUGCAUUCACUGAUCCAAAGCAGUUGCCUUGUUUCCACAGUUUCUGUCUUCACUGCCUGAACGAAAUUCAACGAACGAGCGGCGUCCAUGGUAAAAUUACAUGUCCCGAGUGUAGGAGACAGUUUCAGAUUUCUGGAAGUGGAAAUCCCAGCGAACUUCCCACCAAUUUUCGAAUAAACAGCCUGUUAGAUGUCUUGGCAAUUAAAGAGUGCAGUACAGUGAACGUCAAAUGCAGGAACUGCGAGAAACGAAGCGCCCAGACCUUAUAUUGUUUUCAGUGUUGUUCCUUCUGGUGUGAAGAAUGUAUUGUAGGA